AUGAGCGCUGCAACCACACCCUGCAUCGCGUGACCAACAAGUGCUCUGUGGCAGGGUGUGGUUGCAAAACACAAAACUGCAUUUUCCCUUUGCACACAGUUCUGUUUUUCCAAGCGGACGAAAAGGAUGGCGCCGCGGAUUUGCAGCACGGCCACUGCGUCCUCCACGCCCGAUGUGACGACGGCGGCGGAAGAUGAGACGGCAAAGUGGCUGGAAAUGCCUGCCGUCGCCGGAUUCAAGAUUUGGCAGCUCAUCACUGGCACCACCGCCGCAAUCGCCGCCAUUGUUUUCGUAUUGUGCUGCUGCGUGCGUUUCCGCAUUCCGCGGACCAAGGAGGAGAUCGAGGCGGACUACGUGCGGAAGAAGAUCGCCCGCAAGUUCCGUCGGCAUUUGCGUCUGAUCCAGAACUCGGACAUGGACGAGAUGGACCUGAAGCGGGCGCUGGACCGCGUGCGCGCCGAGUUCAAGUCGGACUCGGAGAGCGUGGCGCACUCGGAAACGGCCCUGUCCAUCGGGUCGGCGGGCUCGGCUGCCCGCUCCGCCACCUACCGCAAGGCCAGUGACCUGCUGGCCGGCAUGACCGUCGACGACCUGCCCACGCAGCGCACCCUCUCGCACCGGCUGGCGGACCUCGUCGACGCGGCCCUCGUCACCCUCCGGAUGCGCAAACGCUCCGGCAUGCCGAGAGACGACACCAAUCUCACAGAAACCGUCAUCGCAUGAACUGUAUACUGUUUUUUAUGCAAUUGACAAAUCCGGAGGAGUUGCUUUGGACACUUUUAUUAUUAUAGUGUUUUGUUAAAAUGUUAUUCAUUACAUUUUUGUUUCAGUGUGUUUGAAAAAAGAUGGCGUAAAAAGGCUGCGCUUUUUUUAUUUUUUAUUGUUAUUUAUUUUUUAUUUUUCAAAAAUUUAAAUAGGCUUGAAUUUGUAGCAAAAGAAUCACGGAAUUUCAAGAAGAGUUUAAAGCACAACUAAUAAAUUGACCAGCUAUCAACUAUUUGGAUAAUUUUCACUGUUAGGUUUCUACGUUGCGCGGAUGGCAUUUUUUUUAAAUCUUAAAAAUUAUUUAUUUUAAAAAACUUUUAAUGACAUAAAACUUCUCCCUGUAAAAAUUUCAUUCCCUUAAUAAGAAUUUCAGUAUUUUGGUAAGAGAUGGAAUGAUUUUUCCGGUUUUAAUUCUGAUUUCAUCAACAAUGAUACCCUUAAUGGGAAAAAAUCUUGAAUUCAAAAGAAAAGACGAGACUACACCCAGUUUUAUUAACAAAAUG